CCACUCCCUCCAAAGCCCCUUUCACCAUGUCAAAGAAUAACACAAGCUAGCACACAAUAAUGCCCAACCAUAAUGCUAUGCAUCACAACAACACUACUGUUGAAGAUCACCAUGAUGCUCUGAUAUACCAAACCUACCCGUGUGGUUACUACGUCCAAAGCCCCUCCACACUCUCCCAUGCCAACAGCGCCGCCACUGACAUACGCAGCAACAUCCAAAACGAUGCCGGAUCCACAUUCCACUCCCCAGUCCGAUCCGAGACUCACCCGUUAAACCCGGCCCACGAAGAUGACCCUUCCCGUUUUGCUCUCUGCCGAUACUCUUCCUCUAGGGGCUCCAGUCACUCCUUCUUACACCACAAGAAGAUCUCCUACGACGGCACUGAUGCCACCGAGAAUGGUGACAUCAACCGUCCGGUGAUAGUAGACGGUUGUGGUGGUGAUGAGGACAAUGAUAAUGAUGAGGAAGAUGAUGAAAAGUUAUUUUUUGACUAUUACUAUGGGAAUGGAAAAGGAGGGUGGAAGAGGUACUUCUCUUAUAGUUACGCUGAUUCAUGUGGUUGGAUUUGUUUGCAAAUGAGUUGGAGACUUAUGGUGAGUUUUGGAAUUGCAUUGUUGGUGUUCUACAUUGCUACAAAACCUCCGCCACCCAAUUUCUCCCUUGAGAUCUCAAAGAUUCCAGAAUUUAAACUAGGGGAAGGGGUGGAUAGAACUGGUGUGACAACAAAGAUCCUGACCUGCAAUUGUUCCAUGAAUUUAAUCAUAGAGAAUAAAUCCAGGUUCUUUGGUCUUCACAUUCGUCCUCCCUUAAUGGACAUGAAAUUUUCCGUCUUACCCUUUGCAUCUUCAAAUGGGCCUAAACUCUAUGCAGAAAGUGGCUUAACAAUCUUUACAUUGCAACUAGGAGUGAAGAAUAAGCCAAUGUAUGGCGCAGGAAGAAGCAUGCAGGAUAUGCUAGAUUCUGGAAAAGGAUUACCAAUAGCUAUAAGAGUAAUCCUGAGCUCUAGUUUUGAAGUGGUCCCUAAUCUUAUAAAGCCCAGGUUCCAUCACCGAGUUGAAUGUAUAGUGGUUCUCAAGAAGGAUUAUGAUAGAAAGCAUCGAACCCAAGCAUUUAAUAGCACCUGCAAAGUAACUUCUUAGUUAAAGGUGGCUUCAAAGUUCUUAAUUAUACAAGGUGAAGAAGUGACAUAAACAAGAGGAAGUUUAAGAAAUGAGAAGUUUCGGUUGUAUCAUCUGCUUCAAACCUUCAAGUAAAAGCUUGAAGAGCUUUCCUAUGUAAUUUUUUUUGAAAGAUAUUUUAUUUUAUGAGAAUUCAAAUAAGAUUUAAUUUGGAAGCUACCGUAAAAAAAAAGAUUUGGAAGCUUUGUACUGUCCAUUGGGGCGUGCACCAUAGGUAGGAAGUGAGUGUCAAGGAAGUAAAUGAACAUGAUGUUCAUCGCA